GGGACUGCGCCGAAGGAGAGACGAGAACGCAUCGGAAGGAGGCGAGCGACGAGGGGCAGCAGCUGCCGAAUUGAUCCGUCGUUGUAUGUUUGUACCGCGCGCAUUGCGAGUCCGAGAUUUGAUUCUUGCGGCGACGGCAAUGGCAGCUACUCCUGAUGUUUUCCCUCUGAUAUUGGCGUACCUGCGCAAGCGGAAGCUCACCAAAUCUGUGAAAGCCUUGCUUGCUGAAACCAGCUUUAAAGAGUCUGGAUCUCCCGUAGAUGACGACUUGGAGUCAAUAUAUGCCAGCCAUUUGUCUACCAAGUCAGGUUCUAAGAAGAGAAAGACUCAAGAGGUUGUUAACGAACCUUUGGAGAAGCGAGUCAAGACAGUAGCGGCUGCUGCAGUGUCAUCUUCCUCGGAUGAGUCAAGUAGCGAUGAUGAAGAACCUGUAAAUACUCAAGCAAAGAAGGCAGUCAAACCAGUGUUAACUAAUGGAAGCUCCAAAGCUACCGUCCCGCCCCCAGCUGCCGUCAAGUCUGACGAUUCUUCAUCAGAUGACUCUGAUAGUGAGGAAGAAACCCCCGCUAAGAAGGCUGUGGUUGUUUCAGUUCCCGCCCCGAAGAAAGCGCCUGUAGAAUCCUCAUCAUCCGAAUCUGAAAGUGAGGACGAAAAGGCUGUGGGACUUGUUAAAAAAGCAGCGGUACCGCAAUCAGCAAAGAAAGUCUCUUCAGAUUCGUCUUCUUCUAGUGACGAAGAGAGCGAGGACGACAAGAAGGCAGCUGUGAAAGCAGGAGUUUCUGCGACUAAGGUUACGGCUCUGAAACAAAGCAAAGGUGCAGCUGAAGUUGAUUCUUCUGAUGAAGACUCCGACAGCAGUGAUGAUGAAACGGAGAAGAAACCCUCUGGAAAGGUAAAUGCCAAAGCUAGUCAGACUAAGAAAGAGAUUGCGAAGCCUAAAGCUGAGAAGGUGGAAGAAUCAUCUUCAUCUGAUGAUAGUGAAGAUGAGAUGGAGGUUGACGUUCCGUCUAAAUCAACUCCUGCAGCUCCUCUUGCUAAGAAGGGCGCGGCCUCCUCUUCAUCGUCUUCGAGUGAUGACAAUGCGGCCAAGAAGAAGCUUCCGGUGUCGAAAACCGAAGUAGUCUCUGCGAAGAAACAGCCAGCAGCCUCUGAUUCAUCUUCGACUGACGACAGCAGCGACGAGGAUACAACCAAAAAGAAAGUGGUUGUGGCAAAGGCUGCAGCAGUUCCUGCUAAGAAAAAACCUGCUGUAUCAGAUUCAUCUUCAAGUGACAGUAGCGAUGACGAGAAAUCGGAAACCCCUGUCAAAGCUGCGCCUGUUGCUUCUUCCAAGCGGAAAGACUCAUCGUCAAGCGAUGAUGACAGCGACGAUGAUGCGGAAAUACCACAAAAGAAACCAGUUUCGAAGGCUGUGAAACCUGUUGAGACAGUGAAGCCUAAAGCACAGGCUAAGCCUUCAGCCUCGUCAUCGGACGACAGUGAUGACGAUUCAAAGAAAAAGGCUGGAAAAGGUCUAACCAAGAAGGAAAUCAUCGCAGCGAAGAAGAAGGCGACGGUUCCUACUGCGAAGAAACCUUCUACUUCAUCGUCCUCGGAUGAAAGCAGUGAUGAGAGCGAUGACGAUUCUAAAGUGAAGAAAUCUGCACAAGUGAUCACCAAAAGCACGGUAGUUUCAGCUGCGAGCGGAGGGAAGGCUGUUCAAGCAAGCGCAACGAAAUCCGUCAAAGCCGCUUCAUCAUCGUCCUCGGAUGAUAGUGACAGUGAUGAUGAGCCGACCUCCAAUCAGAAGAAAUCUUCCACGCCAGCUGCUGUAGUUCAGAAGAAGACAGAUGCUUCUUCUUCCUCCGAUUCUUCAUCAAGUGACGAGGAGAGCCCCAAAAAACCUGUGACAGCCAAGGCACAAAAUAAAACUCCGGCUGCCAAACCUGCUGCAGUGGAGUCUGACUCCUCAGAUGACAGCAGUGAUGAAAGCGACGACGAGUCUUCGAAGAAAGCCAUAAAAGGCUCUAAUGUAGCAACACCGGUUGUUGCUGCCAGUGAAGAACCCGCAGGAAAGAAACGUAAGAGAGAUGUAGAGGAAAAACCGGAGAGUACUCCUGUCAAAGUAGCGGAUGGGAAGAUGGUCGCGAAGGAAACGGAAAACGGGGAUCCCAGGUCAGCCAAGAGGAAUGCCAAGAGGCAAAAGUUGGAAGCUGAACAGGGAACGCCGAAGUUCUUUCAGAAGAUUGACAUAAAUGAUGUUGAGUACGCUGAUCCAAGACUACAAGACAAUUCAUACUGGGCCAAGGAUGGAGCUGAGGAAGGCUGGGGUGCGAAGGCGCAAGAAGUUCUAGGGAAAGUCAGAGGAAAGGGUUUUCGACACGAAAAAACAAAGAAAAAGCGUGGAAGCUAUAAGGGUGGUGCCAUCACCAUGGCGACUCAUUCCAUCAAGUUUGCAAACUCUGACGAUGACAAUUAGAGGAGUGUGGGGAAUUCCGCACGUCAGUUUUGAUCCUGGAGAGCAUUAGUCUAUUAUCAGCGUAAUUCUUGGACCUGAUAAUACCUACGAAGUAUUGUGAAUGUCAAGGGUGAGGUGCCUGGAGUUGCUUUAGUUCAGAGCGUAUCUGAUGUGAAGUGAGCACGGACGAGUACAACUGUUCAGUUUGUUCAAGGAGUACUGUUAGCUGUUUCCAUUGGCUCGCUUAUUCUGGUAGUCCCGAGGUAAUACACCAUUCUUAUUGAGGUGCCUGUGAUUGAAGGUACCUUCGAUUUAACCUAGUGAGAACAUUGAAGCAGAUGCUGCUGAGAGAAUUUUGGGUCGAUGCUGAAAAUUUGGCAGUUGAUAGAAAUUUAGAAAGGUUUGUAUGUUCCGUAGUUUCAGUCUCGUAAGAUUUAGUUUAAAUUUCAGUGUAUCCCAGGUCUCGCAGGAAACGUAGGGCCUGGGCACAACUAUUGAAUAAAUGUUUUGCACAGUUCCUGACUUCA